UCAUGGAGGAAGAGCAGGUACCUUCCAUCUAGAGCAGCUGCAGCCUGUUUCCCUCACAGCGACCAUCUUUAAUCGUACGUGACUUCUCUGCGUUUCUUUAUCUUAUCUGGUGCUGGUGGGCAUCUUAGCAAGUGAAUCUGGGCCAUUAAACAGGAGAGAUGAAGCAUUUUUUAAGGGUGUUGACCCAGUUCCUGGUGUUUCUGUACUGCAAGUGUCUAUGGCGAGGACUAAAGUUUGUCAUCAGGAAGGUGACAGGACGAUGUGAGCUACAGCGUAUCUGUUAUAACAACAAGCCUGGAGCUCGCCGGACCCUCAAGAUUGAGUCAUCACUAAAGUGUUCUAAAAAUGAGCUUCUCCAGUCUGCUGUCAGUGUCCACCCAGACGCUGUCGAAAAGACCAUAGAUGAUAUCAUGGCCCUGAAAAAAAUCACCCCAGACACAAAUCCACAACUUGCCAUCUCUCUCCAGGCCAGCCUCUUUCAGAUCGUGGGCUACAGGAACCUGGUGCUGGAGGUGGAGAAGCUGCGCAGGGAACCGUACGACUGUGAAAAUCCAAAGCAUGAGGAGAUGCUUAUGAAGCUCUGGAAGGCACUCCGUCCUGAAUCUCCCCUCACUGGACGCAUCUCUAAGCAGUGGUGUGAGAUUGGUUUCCAAGGCAGUGACCCUAAGACUGACUUUAGGGGCAUGGGUCUACUGGGUCUGCACAACCUACUGUAUUUUGCAGAACAUGACAAAGCCACUGCUCUCCAAGUGCUUCAUGAUUCUCUGCAGCCCAAACACAGGACCAUUUCCAAAGAGGAAGCCAGUAAGAUGAGCAAAGCUGAUUGGGAAAAGAAGAAAUUUGACAAAGCGAUUGGAUAUUCCUUCGCCAUCGUUGGCAUCAACAUCACGGACCUGGCCUACUCGCUGCUGGUGAGCGGAGCGCUGAAGACUCAUCUGUACAAUGUGGCGCCAGAGAUGUCCAGCCUGGUGCACUUCCAGCAGACCUUCUGUUACCUGAUGCAGGAGUUCCACAGGUUCUGGAUCGAGGAGGAUCCGUGUGACAUCAUGGAGUUUAACCGCGUGCGCUCCAAGUUCCACAAGCGCAUCCUCAAGCAGCUGAAGAAUCCCAACAUGGCACUGUGUCCCCAUUUCACUGCCUCUGACCUUCACCUGGUCAACCUGUAGCUGCCCAUCUGACCCCUUAACCUGUAGCUGUUCAUCUGACCCUUCGACCCUGACUCAUCUCUCCAUUCCUGAGCUUCUGUCUUAGCUUCUUCUCAUCACUGCCAACUGUGUGGAGUCUCUUUCACCCCUACACACACACAACAAACACAAGUCAGUAUACAUGCUUGAACAGCCCCCCUCUCACACACCUGCCCAGAUGUGUGGUUAGCUCAGAUCACCAGCACUGAAGACCAUGGUGAUUGUAAUAGUGCAUCUCACUGCACCACAUUAUAGUCAAGCCACUGGGUUCCUUAGCAUUGAAUGCAGCAACAACGAUUGUAAGGUAUAUUGGCUAUGGUCAGCAUGGUUUUAAUGUGUCCUGCUGUGUUAAUCAGAGACAUUCAGCAUCGCUCGUAGGUGGCACAACUCCCUAUCUACCAGUAGGUGGAGCUGUUAGUCCAUGUACAAAGAGCCAUUGUGAAUUAGAGGUAGUGGCAUUUACUCAGCCAGCAGGAAUGACUUGCAUUGAUCUUGCAUUGAUAUCAAAUGCAUUUAGAGAUAAGUGGUCUUUACUGUGUAGACAUACUGUAGCACACACAGAGGUGUUUUAGAAGAAAUAAGACAUGACAUGAGAAUAAAACAUGCCUAUCUAGGCAGAAUGGAAUAGAAAAGUCUUUUCAGCCAUUAAUAAUGUGACCAUUCACUCAGGUCACCUCCAUCUGUACUUUUCACAUUUUUCUGUCAAAUAUCAAAGUAGAGAACAUUUGUUGCCAAGAAGUGGAGCUUAAAAACAUAUUUACCUGCCAAAAUGGUUGUUAUAAAAAGUGAGCAUUUUGUGAAUGUGAUCAUGCGCAACUCAUGAUUGUUUUAAACACUAUUUGUGUUUUCGUAUUGAUGUAAAAUCAUCGAAUGUUGCGUUUUUUGUUCAAGCCACCAAAGCAAUAAGCGACCGCUCAGUAUUGUUUAUUUCUUUUGCACAGCUGGUGCCUGUAGUACUUAGUCUUAGUUAUUUAGACACUAAUAAGCCGUAAUGGACAGCACUGAGAAUCCAUUGCUAUCUGCAGUCAUUUUGCUUUUUAUUGCUCCUUUUUUGGUCUCAACUAAUAAUUUAUUGUGUGUUAUUACCCGUAUGCAUGUUUUUUUUAUGCUGCCUGUAUUCUUUUAUGUCUUCUAGACCCUUUAAAUUUGUGAACGGUCACAGGGUUUGCAUGGUGACAGUUUUGCCUGUGAGUUUUCCUUUGUUUGCUUUUACGUUUAUCACACGCUGCUUUGGUCUAAUGGAAAUUUGCCAGAAUGUCACUCAGUUCAUUUCAAUGCAAUGUUAUUAACUAAUGUAAGUUAUUUAUACUGUGAAUGUCUUUGCGUUUAGCAGUAUUAGGCCUUUUUUCUUUCAGAUAUCAGUGCGCUAUGUGGUGGUCUCUGUUUAUGAACUACAAUCAGUAAGCUACUGUGAUAAAUACUGAAAAUCUGUAAGGCUUUAAAAAUGAUGUUAAUGGCACCUAUAUAGAGGAGUUAGAAGCACUUGCUGUAUAUACUGCUUAAGAGAUGAACUAGAUUUUCAACAUAUAAAAACUCAUCAGUGUGCAUGGCUGAAUUCAUACUGUAACUGUUGUCGUCUGUCUCUCUCUCGCUCUGUCUUUCUUGUAUUGGAUCAGUAUAGGAAGCUUUCUAGUGGCCAGCAGCUUAUGUGAUGUGAAUCACUUGCGCUGUGUGAAAGGGGUGCUUUUUAAAGUCAUUAUCAAAGCUCAGUGUAAUAAAAAGACGAUAUGGAAAAACGUUA